AUGAUGGACUUAAUAAAAAUAUACAAGAGGAAUGAAAUAAUAAAAGACUACGUGAAUAUAUAUUUUGAUGAUGAGAAGUCAGAGAACAGUAAUAAGAAUCUUAGUUAUAAAAUAUUGCAUAUUAUAGGGAAUGGUGUUUAUGGUGUUGUAUAUAAAGCAGAUUGUUUAAACAAUUGUAGUGUUGUUGCUUUAAAACAAACAUAUCAAAAGAGUACAAGAAUAUUUAAAGAAAUUGAAAUUAUGAAAAAAUUAAAACAUCCUAAUAUAGUAAAAUUAAAACAUGCUUUUUAUACAACUACUAAUGAUGGUGGAGUAUAUGUUCAUAUGGCUAUGGAAUAUGGAAAUACCGAUUUGGCUAGCUCGCUUUAUUAUAUUACAUUAAAAGAUAGUAAAGAUUUUUUUAAAGGAUCUUUUGAUCUAGAUAAUUAUAAUUACGAAGAUUAUGAUGAUGAUGAUAAUAAUAAUAUUAAAUGUGAUAAUGAUAUUAUAGUAAAGAAACAGAAGAAAAGUGAUUUUUAUUAUUAUAAGUCUCUUCCUAAUCGAGAUGAAGAAAUGACCGAAAAUGAAAAAAAAGGGAUUCGUGCACGACAUAAUGAAGUGGUUGCUGAUGAGAUGUGCAACAACAAUAAUAAUAACAACAAUAAUAAUAAUAAUAAUAAUAGUUGUAGUAGUAAUAUUUGUAGUUAUAAUAAUAACAAUAUCAAUAAUAAUCUUGAUAAUAAUACCCCGAGCGAUGAAGAUAUGGAAAGUUGUAAUUAUAUAAAGAGGAACAAAAGUAUUAAUAUAAUAAACCAUUUUAGAAAUAGCUUCUUCAAUGAAAAUAUAAAUAAUAUAUGUUCUUGUCAUAACAUUAGUGAUUUUAUUAAAAAAAGUUUUCUGAAUGAAAAUCAAAUAAAGAUAUAUUUGUAUCAACUAAUAAGAGCUACAUUAUAUCUUCAUAGUCUUUGCAUAACUCAUAGAGACAUAAAACCACAAAAUAUACUUAUUUUUUUAAAUAAAACCAAUAAAAUUAAAAAGAAUAACACAUAUAUAAAUAAUAAUAAAUGUCUUAUAUGUAUACAAAAUAAUUUUAAUAUUCAAUAUAUAAUGAAGAAAAAAUAUAAUAAUCAAUUCAACAUGUUUGAAUUUAAUAAGGACAUGAAUCAGAAUCGUGAUCAAAUAUCAAAUGUUGAUAAUAAAUUAUCUAAUUAUAAUAAUCAAUAUAAUGCUGAUAACAUAUCGAAGAGUGAACAACAUUAUUGUGAAGAAAUAAACAAUAAUGAUAAUAUGAAUGAUCCAAGUUGUAAUGUAUCAAAUAUUAAAAACAAUUUACAUGAUAAAAGUAAGAAAGAAAAUGACACUAUAAAUAAUAUACAAUGUAAUGAUAAUUUUUCUUUAAAAAAUAAAAAACAAGAUGAUUUACUUGUUUGUAAAAAUAGUGAUAAAAAAAAUGAUGUAUUUGUAGAACAAACACAAUUAUGUGGUAGGGAUAAAUAUGAAGGAAUUACAACUGAUUCAAAUGAUUAUAAUAAAUAUGAUAACGAUUGUAACAAUAAUAAUAAUUUGAUGAAUACAGAUGACUGUUCAUCUAAGAAUAAUUUACGAUUAAAACGUUUAGUAAGUAUGACAAAUUUAAAUGAAAGAAAUUAUUAUAUGAUAAUAAAUGAUAAUAAGGAUAAGAUAUGUGAUAAAUCGUUAAAAUACGAUGAUGAUGUAACAAAUAAAAAAAAUAAAGCAAAUAUAGAUAAAUCAGAGAAUGAUAAUAUUUCAGAAAAUAAGGAUAUUCAAAUGACAUCACAAAGUAAUAAUAAUAGUGGGGAUGAUCAUAAUGAUAUUAACGAUAAUGUUAAUGAUAAUGUUAAUGAUAAUGUUAAUGAUAAUGAUAAUGUUAAUGAUGGUGAUGAUUUUAAUCAUGAUGAUUUAUCAGAUCAACAAAGUUUAGAUACCUUAUAUAUAAAUAGCCUAAUGUAUAAAUAUAUAAAAUUAUGUGAUUUUAAUACCUCUAUAAAAUUAAAGGAAAAUUAUAAAUAUUUCAGUUAUGUCUGUUCGAGAUAUUAUAGGGCACCAGAAUUAUUAUUCGGUUCAAAUUAUUAUAGCCAGGCGAUAGAUACAUGGUCAAUAGGAUGUGUUAUGGGGGAGCUACUUUUAGGGAAGCCUUUAUUUUUAGGAGAGUGCGCAUCAGACCAACUAGUAGAAAUAAUAAAAAUAUUAGGAACACCAAACGAUGAAGAUUUUUUAUCAUUUCGAAGUGUAUAUAAGAAUAUAAAAUUUCCAGACAUUAAACCUAUAACAUUAGAAAAGGUUAUAAGUCAUAAUUGUUCAAAAGAAAGUUUGGAUUUAUUAUCAGAAUUAUUACAAUUUAAUCCACAAAAGAGAAUAAAAUUAUGUCAUGCACUUUUACAUAAUUAUUUUGAUGAUAUAAGAAAUUUAAAAGUAUUUCAUAAAGAUAUCAAUACAUUUCAAAAAUAUAAAUUACCAUAUAAUACAAACUGUUUUAAUUUUACAAAAGAAGAAUUAUUACAUUUUACAAUAGAAGAAAGGAAAAUAUUAAUACCUCAACAUGUAAGACAAAAUAAAUCAGAUGAAGUAAUGCAAUAUAUUGACAUGACUCCUGAUCAUUUUGAUAAACUAUAUCCAAAUAAAAUACACUUAACAUGUUAA